CUAGGGUUUCGAAACCCGACCCCUUCGAAUUCUCUCUUUCUCUCUCUCUCUCGGUUCCAUUUCAAUUUCUCUCUCUCUCCACUCUGCUCAGCUUGAAUUAGCAUCGUCGUCACUCCUCUCUGGAAUUUUCGAUCUGGUGAUCUUCUCACUCGCACUUCGUUCGUUGCGCCGUUAACGCCUUUGGCGGCUCGUGCUGUAUUGGGCGAUUCGUGUACAUGCUACAGUUUUUCUUAAUGAUGAAAAAGCACAGCAUGUGGACAUUAUUUUGAUGUUUGUAUCACUCGUUGAAAUUUAUAAUGUGUGAUGCUGAUGUAGCAUGUCCAACAAUCUUGUUUCUGAAGAAUAUUCAAUACGAGGAAUGCAAAGUAGUCAAUUGGACCCUAUAACAAACAAAAUGGAAUCAUCAUUAUCAGAAGCUCAAAGAGGGGUUGUAGUUUCUGCAUCUAAUGAACCUUCAUUGCAUCAAUAUUUAGUACCGAACAGGCAAAUGGAAUUAAUGGGAUCAAUUUCUGGUGGCUCUCUAUCACAAAGUGGAAUAGUAUCACGCAUGCAAACAGGACAGGUUGAUGUUAAAGCUAGUAAUUUUGGACAACAGCAGUUCCAAAUACCUGGCAAUCAGUUUGGACGGACUGGAAACAUGAUGAGAACUGCCGAAGGAGCUCUGUCACUUCCAGUGAAGCGCAAGGCAUCAAUGGAACCUUUUAACUCUCUUUUGCAGCAGCCUUCGUUGCAAAAUAAGCGAGCUGCACAGAUGGAACAUCGACCAUGGUUGCAACAAGCAUCUGGAAUGGCCAGAAGACCUCCUUUACAAAUACCAAACGAUUCCCCAGCUUCCAUAUCGCUGCACUCCCCUGCAGCAAGUAAGAGAAAGGUACAAAUGGAACCACAUCCGUCUAAAGUUCAUCAACGUUCUGGUGCUUCUAAAAGUCUGAGUGCUACCCCAAAUCAAUCUUCCAAGAUUCAAAACGAGUCAACUGGAUUGGUGAGGUCAAAGAUGAGGGAAUCCUUGACUGCUGCAUUAGCCUUAGUAUCGCAGCAGCCAGACAAAUCAUCUAAUAAUGAAAAAAGUCACCUAACUGAGGCUGCAAAGUCAGAAACUCAAAAGCAGGAAAAUCUGUUAUUGUCUGGGCCAGCUGUUGGUCAUGUAUCUGAUGACUCAAAAAAAAUAUUUUCUGAAAAAUUAGAUUCUGUUGGUCUUGAAGAUAAUGUAGGAAAGAUGUUAGAUAAGAGUUCGCUAGAUGUAAAUGUCAGUGAUCUAGAAACAUUGAGAUAUGAUGGGCGAGUAUUUCAACCAAAUAAUGGUUUGUCUUAUGAAGACAUUCCUUUUGGCGACAACUUUUUUAUCAAAGAUGAUCUUUUGCAAGAAAAUGGUCUCGCUUGGGUACUGGAUGCAGACUUGGGGGUAGCUGAUAAAAAGGAACCACGAACUGAUGAAAUUCAUAAAAUGGAUGUUGGGGUUUCAAAUCAAGGUCCGGAGGCAAAAGCAGUUCAGACUCCCGAGUGUUUGGCACUUAAAAUUGAAGAAGAAUUAUUUAAAUUAUUUAGUGGUGUUAAUAAAAAGUAUAAGGAGAAAGGAAGGUCCCUUUUGUUCAACCUGAAAGACCGAAGCAAUCCUGAACUGAGAGAGAGGGUUAUGAGGGGGGAAAUUUCCCCAGAAAGAUUGUGCUCCAUGACUGCUGAGGAACUCGCAUCUAAGGAGCUUUCUGAGUGGAGAAUGGCGAAGGCAGAAGAAUUUGCUCAAAUGGUAGUUUUACCUGACUCAGAAGUUGAUAUCAGGCGUUUGGUGAAGAAGACACAUAAAGGCGAGUUUCAAGUUGAAGUUGAAGAACAUUACGAUAAUUCCUCUACAGAUGUUUCAUCUGGGGCUUCUACAUUUUCUCAGAGUCAACGUAGUAAGAAUGAGACUGAAGGUGGGUCUUCCGAAGAACCUGAAACAAUCAAGGAUGAACAAAAUAUUUCUGGCCAGAAAAAUGGUGCAGCUGACAAGGAUAACUACACCUUUACAAUUGCAUCUAAUGAAGGGUCUGAUUUGAUGCAAGGACUCAUGGUUGAUGACGGACUGAAGGAUACAGAGCUACUGCCUCCAAUCGUCUCCCUAGAUGAGUUCAUGGAGUCUCUUGAUACAGAGCCACCUUUUGAUAUUUUAUCUGAAGGUGCUACAGCUGGCAAAUUGUCGCCUGUUCUGGAGAAGGAAGAUUCAGAGUCGGGCUCUCGGUUGAAGGGUGCAGCUCCUGCUACGAAAGGUUCAACUGACGUGAGCAUUUUGAAAAAUAAGAAUAGUGAGGAAUCUUCAACAAAAGCAGAUAUUGGCUCAUCUUCUAUCGGCCAUGUGAAUUUGAAAUCUAGUGAUAGUAAAACUGAUGUGGAUUUUAAUGAGAAUCAAGCUCUUAAACGAGCUUCCCCUCGUUUAAGAUCCCCCGAAAAGAAUGACGGUGUAAAAGCUAGUGAUAGUAAUGCAAAAUCUGGGACAGAAUCUCUGCCAAGCAUGUUUAGGUUAGAACAUUUAUGGGACGGCAUCCUCCAGUAUAAUAUCUCAACAAUGACUCCAGUCGUGGGUACCUACAUAAGUGGUGAAAGAACAUCAGCAAAAGAUUGGCCUGGCAUUCUUGAGAUCAAAGGGAGAGUCAGAUUGGAUGCUUUUGAGAAGUUUCUUCACGAGCUUCCAUUGUCUCGGAGUCGUGCCGUUAUGGUUCUUCAUUUGGAUUUAAAGGAAGGACGGCCUGAACCUGAACAAGCAAGUCUUCGAGAGGUGGCCGAGUCAUAUAUUGCGGACGAGCGAGUUGGUAUAGCGGAGCCUGGGUCGGGGGUGGAAUUUUACUUUUGCCCUCCACAUGGAAGGAUUCUUGAAAUGCUUGGGAGGAUCAUUCUAAAGGAAAAUAAUGAGGCACUUAAUGCAAUUGAAAAUGGCCUAAUAGGCGUUGUUGUAUGGAGAAAAUCUCAAUUAACGUCAAUGUCACCAAACUCAACGUCACACCACAAACGCAGUUCGAAAAAGCAACAUUUUAGUUCUAGGAGACAACACCAGGACACGAAAGCUAAUAAUGUUUCCCCUAAACAGACCAUCCCUCCUCAAGGUUUCUUUCCCGUCCCUGGUGCUCGUCCUCCGCCUGAGGACGAUGAUGCCGAUGGCGACGAUGAUGACGUCCCUCCUGGCUUUGGUCCUUCAACUGCUCGGGAUGAUGAUGAUCUCCCUGAGUUUAAUUUUUCUGGUUCUGUCAACCCUCCUGGGUUUUCUUCCCGGAACAACUCCCCUACUCCCCGAGGGCUGUCGAGGCCGCCCGCUUUUCACCCGGUCUGUCAAACUGGGUCUCACCCUGUUGAGCAAAUGCGAGAGCUUGUGUUCAAAUAUGGACAAAAUGCAAGCAACAACAACAGCCCCUCUGGUGGCAACUGGCGAGAAAGGGGCUUAAGUUCGGUACCUAUGCAGCCAUGGAAUGACGACGAUGACGACAUCCCAGAGUGGCAACCGCAAGCAGCAGCAGCCUCCCAGCAUCAAGUACCUCCCCCAUUGCACUCGCAGCAGCCUGUGCGUGGCUUCCAGAACCCCACGCUGAGGCCUCACUACAUGGCAAACCAGCAGCAGCAGCAACAUCCGGGGCAAGCAAGCCGGUUGGUGCCUAAUCAGCAACAGCCGAUGCCAGCCCCGCCUUUAAAUAUGAGUCAGCAAGGGACGUGGUGGGUUCCUCAGGCAGGCCACAGCAACAACAAUAUACAGCCUAGCAAUUUAGGUCAUAGCCAUAAUCAUAGUAGUAGCGGUCAGUUUUAUGGUUCAUUUGGCCGAUCCUCCAACCCUCGCCAGGAUCAUCCCUCAAAUAGUAGAAGAUUUUGAGUUUUUCUUUCAUUAUGUAAAGUUAAAUUCUUUCUCUCUGUUCUUUGUCUUAUUUUUCUGUUGUAAUCUCCGAAUCUUCACUUUUGCGACUGUUUUACAUUACAGGGAUAGUGUAUCUGUACAAGGCAUUUUGCCUUUUCUUUUCAAAAAGCAAUCCAUUUGGGUUCAUAUUUA